AUGAUUGCUUUAGUUGCUCGAAACAAAGUAAAGUUUGUCAAUGGAAGACUUCUCCAGCUUGAUGAGGAUCAUGAAGAUUAUGAUGCUUGGUGUCGUUGCAACAACGCUGUAAUCUCUUGGAUUCUUCAUGCUAUCUCUCGAGAAAUUCUGGACAGUAUCAUGUAUCAUGAUAAUGCUGAUGAGAUCUGGGCAGAACUACAUGAAAGAUUUAAUGAAAGGAAUGCUCCAAGGAUUUUUGAAGUUAAGAAGACAAUGCAGAAUCUCACACAAGGAUCGAACAGUGUUAUACAAGAGUAUCAAGAAGAAGAUUGUCUUCUUGAAUUUUUGGUUAGACUGAAUGACUCUUACAGUAAUGUUAGAUCUCAGAUCUUGAUGAGAGAUCCUCUUCCUAGUGUCAAUAAAGCUUAUGCUUUAAUGAUCCAAGAAGAGAGGCAAAGAGGGUUAACAAGUGGGUCAGAUCGAGUAGUACUGCUGAAGUUGAUGGUUCUUCAUCAAACUCAUUUGAACAAUUUAUUGAAUGGCUAUCCUUAUGGUCACAAGCUCCAUGGAAAGUUUCCUAAUCGAAAUCUUAAGGGACCUGAAGGGAAACUUGCUUUUGCUAACUUCAGAGGAGCUGAUGAAAACAAAGGAGAAGAUGCACCAGGGGAUAUAGAUCUUCUGUCCAAUUUUUCAAGCAUGCAAUGUCAAAAGAUGAUGGCCUUACUUGCUUAG